AUGUCCACCACGUCACAAUCUCAGCCAGCACAACCGGAGAGCGCGAAGCGCAAAGCCCCGACCGAGCCAACCUCCUCCGCACCAACAUUGACAUUCACCACGCGCAAUCCCCUCUGGACCUACCUCAAGCUCCAAUUAACGCAUCAGCCCCCCGUCUCCCAGUCAACCCUCACCCAACCACUCGACCCUCUCACAGCGCGCACCUACCUCUCCGCCGCACUCAACCAAUUUCUCGGGCUUUCCGGCACGGCCAUCUCGAUUGAUAUACUGAAGAUCGACCCUCCCACCAGCACAAAUGCCAAGACAAUCUGGAUUCGAGUCCCCGCACCGGAUGCAUCAGCCGUCGUCGCGGCACUGAGUUCGUGGGUCGGGGGUGGCGGGCCGUCGGGCGACGCGAGUGGUGCUGGCAAUGUUGCCUGGCGGGUUUGUGCCAAGGGAAACUUCCUCCAGGCGCUGGUGAAUGGCUCCGGCGCAGAGAUGUUCGUGCCGUGA